AUGAUUCCACAUUACUACACCUACUGCUCUCCUCUCCAGCAUCCCAUUCCAUCCAAAACCCUACCUCUUCUAUAUAUAUACCGUCCCCCCCUCUCUCAAACAAAUCGCACAUAUUUCCCUUCCCAUUUACUUUUCUUGUCCUGUCCUAAUGUCACACCGUUUCACCUCCUCCCCGCCCCUACCAAAUCAUUUCCCUUCAUCCAUGUCUAUCCAUGUCUGUCCAUCUCAAAACACCCCAAAACAUGUUUCACCUCUCCCCCCCUCCCCCUCAUUGUGUUGUCUGUCCAUCAGUCAUGUCACACAAUCUAGUCUAAACAGAAAGUGCCUAAAUAUACCUGACUCUCAAAAUGUUUCUUUUUCUGGGUACU